GUAGUGAGCUCCUGGACCCCUUCGGACCCCCACCUCCCACCCCCUUCGCGAAGCUCCUAGCUUCCUCUCUAGGGCUAGGUCUAUAAACCUCUUCAGUCCUCCUGGAAGGUGACCAGAAGCAGCCGCGGAGAAGAGACAAGCAGCCGCAGCCGCCACCAGGCCCCGCCCAGCAGCAGCAGAGCAAGGCCGCGCCCGGGACCGCUGCAGAGCGGGGGAUUCUGAUCUGCCUUUUCCAGGUGUGCAACCCUAUCCCGCCUUCGCAGCCGGAACUUUCUCCUUCCGGUCGGUCCUCUGUUAGGUAGCAGCCAUGCCGGUAACCGUAACCCGUACAACCAUCACGACUACAACGUCAUCCUCCACCACUGUGGGGUCCGUUCGGGCGCUGACCCAGCCACUGGGCCUCCUCCGCCUCCUGCAGCUAAUAUCCACCUGUGUGGCUUUCUCGCUGGUGGCUAGUGUGGGUGCCUGGACAGGGCCCAUGGGUAACUGGGCUAUGUUCACCUGGUGUUUCUGCUUUGCCGUUACCCUCGUCAUCCUGAUUGUGGAGUUAGGUGGACUCCAGGCCCACUUCCCCCUGUCAUGGCGAAACUUCCCCAUCACCUUUGCCUGCUACGCGGCCCUCUUCUGCCUGUCGUCUUCCAUCAUCUAUCCCACCACCUAUGUGCAGUUCCUAGGUCACGGACGUACCCGGGACCACGCCAUCGCCGCCACCACCUUCUCCUGCGUUGCCUGUUUGGCGUACGCCACUGAAGUGGCCUGGACCCGUGCAAGGCCCGGUGAGAUCACUGGCUAUAUGGCUACCGUGCCAGGGCUGCUCAAAGUUUUUGAGACCUUCGUAGCCUGUAUCAUCUUCGCCUUCAUCAGCGAGCCGAUCCUGUACAAUCAGAAGCCGGCCCUGGAGUGGUGUGUGGCAGUCUAUGCCAUCUGCUUCAUACUAGCAGGAGUGACCAUCCUGCUCAACCUGGGAGAUUGUACCAACGUGUUGCCCAUCCCUUUCCCCACCUUCCUGUCAGGCUUGGCCUUACUCUCUGUUCUCUUUUACGCCACUGCCAUCGUCCUCUGGCCCCUCUACCAGUUUGAUCAGAGAUAUCAGGGCCAACCCCGCCGUUCAAUGGAUCCAAGCUGCAGUCGUAGUUAUAGUCCCAGCUCGGUGUGUUUCUGGGACCGACGACUGGCGGUGUCCAUCCUGACAGGUAUCAACCUGCUGGCAUAUGUGUCUGAUCUGGUGUACUCCACUCGUCUGGUGUUCGUCAAGGUCUAAGAUUGACAAGGGGCUCCCUUCCCCAUCUCUCCUUGCAGCCUCCUCCACCCGUUGGUUACCCAGGUGUCUGUACCAUCCUGUUUUCCCCACAUCUCCCUCCCAUUUCCUCUUCCCUGUUGGAUAUGUAUAUUCUUCCUUAUUCCCCGUUUUCUUUUUCCAUCCCUUUCUUACCUUUCCUCUUCUGGUAUGCCUGUUUUACCCUUGAGCUGUGGCUCCACAGCUUGCCUCAUUCAUUUUUUUCUAUCUCUAUAGUCUUUCCUGUGGGUUUUAUCACCUGCCUAUUUUCUUGGGAGCCCGAAGAAUUCUUGCUUUCUCUCCCUCACCCCUCAAAGGUGCUGGCCCCACAUAUCCCACACUCCUUUGCAGUUACCCACACUCCUUUGCGGUUCUUCACCCCAUGGGCCUCUUUAGGGGCCUCAUUGCCAAAGCAUGCCUGCCUGCCUGCCUGCCUUAGCUGUGCCUUAGCCAGUGUGUGUGUGUGUGUGUGUGUGUGUGAGAAGGGGAUUGGGAAGCAGGUCAUAUAGUGUACCUCUCCUUUAAAUUCAAAACAAAGCAAACAAAAUCCUGGAGGUCAGCAAUUCCCGGUGGCCAGGAGUCAGCCUUAUGCAGUCUCUAAACGUUGCUCUAGAUUUUUUUUUUAAACCAGGCUUACUGAAAGACCAUUACCAAGAGUACCCUACAUGAAGCAAUGGAUGGGCACCUUUUCCUAAAUUAUUUUCUGUGCUAUUCAAACAAACCCACCAAAAAUAUCCACAUGGUAUCUCUCUCUCUGUGUCUGUCCCUCCCUUCCUCUCCCCCACCCCCCAGGGUUUCUCUGUGUAGCCUUGGCUGUCCUGAAUUUGCUCUGUAGACCAGGCUGCUUUCAAACUCAAGAUAUCUGUCUGCUUAUGCCUCCCUGGUGCUGGGAUUAAGGGUGUGUGCCACCACUGCCCGGCCACCCGUACGGUCUUAAGACAACUCUGAAGUAUUUCUGAGCAUCAGUAAUGGCUGUCUUCUUGUCUCAGUGUUAAAAAUAACAUGGUCUGCUUUAGCAGGAAUGAGAAGAGAAACAGCCUCUACCGGCCUCAAAGGCAUUAUGAUCACCUUUUCCUCUAAGAAGCUCUUUUGUUUUUGUUUUUGUUUCGUUUUGUUUUAAAUAGCUUUGGAGGUUUUCUUAACCUCCUGGUCUCAAAUAUAAUUGUGUAGGUGAGGCUUCUUGUCUUUCUGACUCCACCUUCUGGGUGCUGAGAUGACAGAUGUACCACCAUACCCCAGUUGUGUAGCCCCGUUAAAGAGAGAAGUUUCUGAAACGUCUUUUCUUGGGGCUGGAGGGUAGGUUUGGGGCUAUCAGGAUUGGAAUGGCUUGUGUGUGCUGUACAUGAACCCAGGUCCUCUCGUGUGCUAGUUGCUUCUUGCUGCUGCUUUCUGCUUCUCUGGGACUCACAUACAUUACUUGGUAUAUAUGUAUAAAUAAAUGUAUAAAUAUAUAUUUUAUUUUAUUUUUUAACUUUCUGGAGCUUUGGGUUUCAGUAGCUCCUGCUGUCAGUUACCCUUUCCCACUCCUCACAUCCAUAAUGUUCUUUUUUU